AUGGUUCAGAAUAAGCACAUAUCUAGGUUGAUUAGAUAUGUAAUGUUUGAUAGUGGUGGUGCUGGUGGUAAUGGUGGUAGGGAUUCAGUUUUUGGUUGUAUUGCCAAGGUUUUGAAACGGCUAAGAUCAGUUUCUUUGGUGUCUGUCGUUAUACUAUUGAUUAAAUUACGAAAGACUCCAUACAAUUAUCGAAGCCAUGUAUUGAAAGUAUGGUUGAGAAAUGCUGGAUCCAUUGGGUUGCUAUCGAGUGUAUCUCCGAUUGUAAAUAAGAUACUUUCAUUCGAGAUCAAUGGCGUUUCAGUUGGUGACGAUAAGUUUAAGAGGUUUGUAUCUUGGAAUGCUGCAGUAUGUAGCUUUCUAUUAGUCGUUACAAAAGUACCAAAUUGGAUUACAAGUUAUGUGGCAAUUGAAUCGAUCUCAGAUUCCAUUUAUAAUUUACCAAGAGUGCAUUCUUUUAUUGAAAAUUGUGAUGAGAAGCUGUUGAACUCGAUGAGACAAGUGUUUUUCUGUUUCUUAAUCCCAAUAUUAGACUCAAAAGUUUCAAAGGAUAAUAGAGGUUCUCAGUUUUUGUUUGGAAAGAGAACUUUAAUCAAAGAUUUCUUGAUUUUUUUGGCCAUUUGGGAUUUCCUUUCACUUUUCAAUAUGAUAAAAUCGUUUUUUAUUAAAUCUAAAGACUCAAAUACUGUCCCUGAUGUUAAUUCAAAAAAUAACAAAAAUAUUCAUAAUGAUGAAAAACCUUUGAUAUCUUCGAAUUUGAAACCAUUAUUCGAUAAGUUAAAUGAAAUUCAGGAAUUGACCAACAGUAACAACUUUUCUUUAUUUGAAAAAUUUAUGAAUUCUUAUAUUAUUAAAAACAUUUUACCAUCAAUGAAAUGGGCAGUUUGGAGACAAUUGGUAUUAUAUUUAUUUGUUAAAAAUAAUAAGCUUAAUAAAAAAAAUGCAUUCGCCGGUUGUACUAAUUUAAUGAAAUCGAUCAUAUUAGUUUUUGGAUUCCUAAUUGUUGAUGGCAAUGCAAAUUUAAAUGUAAGACCUGGAGUUUUACGUUUUUUCAUUAGAAGCAUCCUAACAAAUAAAUUAAAUAAAAUCGAAUUGGAAUUUGAUAACUUCCAUAAUUUUGUAUUUUUAUUAUCAUCUCAGCUUGCUUUCUACAAUUACAAUAACAGUGAUAGUAGCAGCAGUAGUAGUAGUAAUAGUAAUAAAGUAUAA